AUGGCGACCGCUCUCUUUGACAAGGUGCCGGUCCCAACGCUGGACCGGCCGUUCGGCAUCCACCUGUGGCCCAUCUUCAACAAGGCCUUCGAGUACGUCGCUGGCUAUCCGGCCGAUGACUUCAGGUUCCAGUCGGGCGUCACGCCCAUGUCGACGCUCAAGGAGACGAGCAUCUUCAUCGUCAUCUACUACACAGUCAUUUUUGGCGGCAGGGAACUGAUGCGCAACCGCGAGCCGUUCAAGCUGCGCACCCUCUUCUUGAUCCACAACUUCUAUCUCACCGCCAUCAGCGCCAUCCUGCUCGCCCUGUUUGUCGAGCAGAUGCUGCCUACCGUCGUCCGUCAUGGCAUCUUCCACGCCAUCUGCCACACCGAGGGCGGUUGGACCCAGCCCCUGGUCGUUCUCUACUACCUGAACUACCUCACCAAGUACCUGGAGCUUCUGGAUACCUGCUUCCUCUUCCUCAAGAAAAAGCCCCUGACCUUCCUUCACUGCUACCACCACGGCGCGACGGCUCUCCUCUGCUACACGCAGCUCAUUGGCUCGACAGCGGUGUCGUGGCUUGUCAUCUGCCUGAAUCUUUUGGUGCACGUGGUCAUGUACUGGUACUACUUCCAGAGCGCCCGCGGUAUCAAGAUCUGGUGGAAAGAGUGGAUUACGCGCCUCCAAAUUAUCCAGUUCGUCAUCGAUCUCGGCUUCGUGUACUUUGCGUCGUGGACAUACUUCACGUCGACGUACUGGCCUUGGCUCCCGAAUGUGGGAAGUUGUGCGGGUGAGGAAUUUGCGGCUUUGUCGGGCAUUGCCAUCCUCAGCUCGUACCUCUUCCUCUUCAUCUCAUUCUACUUUGCCACGUACAAGAAGGACGGCAAGCGGCCUAGCGGGCGCAAGGCUGUUCGCCGGAUGAGCCAGGCCCCACUGCCGGAUCCCAUCCAUGGCACGAUUACCAACGCCAACGCCAACGGCUACGCGACCGGCCAGGACGCCAAGGCCAACGGUUCCAAGACCAACGGCAGCGCCACUCGCUCGAGGAGAGCCUAA